UCAAUUCUCGAUAUCCCUCUCUCACUAUUACAUACAAUCUUCAUAUCCAUCAUUUCCCAGUUCCCAGAUUAUUUGUGUAUUAAAAAUGAUGCACAGGUGCAGUAGCAGCUGUUCUUGCGGAAUGUACAAUCAGAGCAGCAAUGACUAUUCUGCCGGAGGAUUCUCCAUGUUCUUCUCCUCCCCGCCGGCGAAUCAGAAUUAUAAUCACUACUAUUAUAAUGAAGAAGCUCCGGAUUAUGAUCAAACCCUCUACUCUUCUUCUUCGUCUUCUUCUGUGGAUUGUACUCUUUCUCUGGGAACACCGUCCACUCGUCUCACUUCUGCCAAUGAGAGGCCGCCCUCUGAAUCACGCCGCUCUUUAUCUUCUUCAUCCCACAAGUCCGGCCGUGGCGGCGGCGGCGGCGGCGGCGGCGCCGACCCUCUCGUCACUCGCCGCUGCGCUAACUGUGACACCACCUCUACCCCCCUCUGGAGAAAUGGCCCCAGAGGCCCUAAGUCUCUGUGCAAUGCGUGCGGAAUCCGGUUCAAGAAGGAGGAGCGGAGAGCGAGUGCGGCGGCGGCGGCAGCGGCGGCGAACGGUGGCGGAGCCGGAGGAAUGGACAUGAUGCAUAACUCGUGGGCCCACCACACGCAAAUGCCGUACAAUAAUUACUCUUCCCCGCCGGCCUACGGAAACGAGUACGGGUACAUGGAAGACGACGACCGUGAUUCCGCCUUCCUCUCCUGGCGUCUCAAUGUGCACUGCUCGUAAACUGGGCCCACCAAAUUCUUUGUCAGGUCGGGAUGUGGGGCCUUAGAGUUAGGGUUCAACUAUUGGAAAAAUGAAACAAGAAAAGUGAAAAAAGAAAAAGAAAAAAAAAGAAUAUUUGUUGUAGGUAGGAGAAGAGAGAGAGAGAGUUGUUGAAUUGUGAGAGAAAUGAUUUUAUUGAUUUUGGAGAAGGAUGGGGGGAGAGGUAAUUAUGUUUUGGCGUGUAGUGAUGGAUUCUGGGGUGGAGGGGGAGGGGAGUACUUUUCCUUUCUUUUUAGGAGUUAAGUUGAUGAGAGUCAAGAUGAAGAUGAAGAACGACUUCAAACUUUAACUUUCCACUUUGAUGAUGAUAUGAUAUGAUAUAUACACUUCCCUAUUUAUUGCUUUA